AACACACUUCCUGCGAUGGCAGCUGCGUCUGAUGCAGUCAAGACAGCUCGAGCAGCACUCCAGGACCAGCGAUAUUUUGACGGAGUCCAGAUCGUGAAUGGUGCUUUGGAGGUUCAGCAGGGUGUCCUCACCAAGAUUCAAUCUGGUGGUUAUGCGACAUCCACCGAAGACAAACAGGAGAUUCUGAGAAAUCCAGAAGUCUUCCUGAAGAGAGUCCUACCAGAGCUCGACGAGGCGAAACGGAAGCACCUGGCUGAACUUUUUGUCUUGCGAACAGACUUGCUGAUGGGUCUUGGUGCCUUGAAGCGAGCUGUGCUGGACAUCAGCGCAGCGUUGCUUCUCGCACCUGACGACGAAGCCAUGGCCAAGAAGAAAUCGGACAUUGAAGGCUUGCUCAAAACGGGAAUGUCGGCAAGUGAAGGAUCUGCCAAGACUCCCACAACAAUCAUUACCGGCUUCCUGGGUGCUGGCAAGACAACCUUGCUGAAUUACAUCCUAGAUGCAAAUCAUGGGAAAAAGCUAGCGAUUAUUGAGAAUGAGUUUGGAGAGGUUGGAAUCGAUGAUUCGCUUCUCAACACAAAGAGUUCAGUGACUGAGGAGAACGUCAUUGAGAUGAACAACGGCUGCAUUUGCUGCACCGUCAGAGGUGACCUGAUCGCGGGUCUGAAGAAACUACACAAGCAAACUACCGGGAAGGGUAAGCCGUUGGAUGGAAUCAUCAUUGAGACCACUGGUUUGGCCGAUCCUGCCCCAGUGGCGCAAACUUUUUUCGCAGAUGAAUUCGUCAGUGCUAACAUGAUGCUGGAUGGGAUUCUGACUGUCGUGGACUCGAAGCACAUUGUGGGCCAGCUGCAGGAGGAGAAGCCACAGGGCGCUGUAAAUGAAGCUGUUGAGCAGAUUGCAUUCGCAGACAGAAUCUUGCUCAACAAGACAGAUUUGGUGGACGAGCUAGUGCUGGAGAAGGUCGAGUCAGAGAUUCGCCGCAUUAACAACACAGCAGCAAUUCGGAAGACACAAAAUUCCCGUGUGGACAUGGAGUUCAUCCUUGGCAUCCAGGCCUUCUCCUUGGAGAAGGUCUUGAUGCAGAUCAGCCAAAGUGUUGAGGAGGAAGCUGCGCACGGUCAUGGCCACCAUGGCCACGAGGGCCACGAGAGCCACGAGGGGCACAGCCAUAGCCAUGGCCAUGGGGAGGACUGCAAGGAAUGUGAUCACUCCUCCCACAAGCGGCAUGACUACAGAGUCAGCUCCGUUGGAAUUCAACGAGACAAAGAAGUGCAAAAAGACAAGCUCGACAGCUUCAUUAGUUGGUUGGUACAGACCAAGGGACCGGAUUUGUAUCGCUCCAAAGGCGUUCUUGCGGUCCAUGGCAUGCCACAAAAGUUUGUGUUCCACGCGGUGCAUAUGCAGUUCAGUGGAAGGCAGCACGAAGCCUGGGGACCGGAUGAGAAGAGGCAGUGCAAGAUGGUCUUCAUUGGAAAGAAUUUGGACCGCGAAGACCUAAACAAAAAGUUCGAUGAAUGCUUGGUGAAGUGAACGCGAAUGUGAAUGCGCUUCGUGUUAGCUCGUGCCAUUGAACAAGCGGAGUCAUUCGAUGCUUUGAAACCUGAAAGCAUUCGGCCGAAUGCGGCCCGAUGUGGCUCCGGUGACCUCGAUGUACAGCGUCGAUAGGUUGCUCAAGCGUGUGGUGGGCUCCCUACUGAUCACUGAGCAAGCC